UGGAGAGCGGAGGAGAGGGGAAGAGAGAGGGGAAAGCGCCGAUGGAAAAGUGUCCAGGGCUCGGUUAACAAGAAGACAAGGAUACCGGCCCGCUUCAGUUUGUCCUGGGGCACUCGGCGAUGAGAGAUUCACCGAAAGGGGCACUUUGAGAUAUGAUGAGAUUUAUUUCUGGUCGGCAAUAGUACUAUGAUUUGGUAUGUGGCCACUUUGAUAGCAAGUGUAUUCAGCACCCGAGGAACGGCCGCUCAAGGUGCCCACGGAGUGCGAGAGGAGCCCCAGUUUGUGACAGCACGUGCAGGAGAAAACGUCAUCCUGGGAUGCGACGUUUCCCAUCCCUUGAACGGCCAGCCCUAUGUGGUGGAGUGGUUCAAGUAUGGAAUGCCCAUCCCUUUCUUCAUCAACUUUCGCUUCUACCCUCCUCAUGUGGACCCGGAAUAUGCUGGCCGGGCCAGUCUGCAUGGCAAGUCCUCCCUGCGGAUAGAGGAUGUGCGUUCAGACGACCAGGGCUGGUAUGAGUGUAAGGUGCUGAUGUUGGAGCAGCAGUAUGACACCUUCCACAACGGCAGCUGGGUGCAUCUAACUGUCAACGCCCCCCCAACUUUCACAGAUACACCACCUCAGUACGUGGAGGCCAAGGAGGGGGGGAGCAUCACUUUGACCUGUAUAGCCUUUGGGAAUCCCAAACCCUCAGUCAGCUGGUUGCGGGAAGGUAGUCUCAUGGUCAGCAGUGCCAAGUAUAAGGUGUCCGAUGGGAGUUUGACGGUGCUAUCCAUCACCCGGGAAGAUCGGGGGGCCUACAUGUGUCGAGCCUUCAGCCCCCAGGGAGAGGCUAUUCACACCACACGGCUGCUAGUACAAGGCCCUCCGUUUAUUAUAUCACCACCGGAGAACAUUACAGUGAACAUCUCACAGGACGCCUUCUUCACAUGCCAGGCCGAGGCCUACCCUCGCAACCUAACCUACACAUGGUUCUGGGAAGAGGACAACGUCUUCUUCAAGAAUGACCUAAAGCGCAGAGUCAGUAUUCUCAUAGACGGCUCCCUAAUAAUUGCCCACGUCAAGCCAGAAGAUGCUGGGAAAUACACGUGUGCUCCAAGCAACAGCCUGGGCCGACCACCGACUGCCUCUGCCUACCUAACAGUGCAAUAUCCUGCCCGUGUGGUAAACAUGCCAUCAGUCAUCUACGCAGCCAUUGGUCUGCCUGGCUUCAUUCGCUGUCCUGUAGAUGCCAACCCCCCUGCAACUCUGGUUAAGUGGAAAAAAGAUGGCCUCCCUCUGCGGAUCGAUAAGUACCCUGGUUGGAGUCAAAUGGAAGAUGGGAGCAUCCGUGUGGCAGAGGUGACAGAGGAUUCUCUUGGCACCUAUACCUGCAUGCCUUACAAUGCCCUGGGUUCCAUGGGAUGGUCGCCUCCUGCUCCCCUGGUGCUAAAGGACCCUCCCAAAUUCUCAGUGGUUCCUGGAGGGGUGUACAGGCAGGAGGCUGGAAGAGAACUGGUCAUCCCCUGUGAAGCAGAGGGAGACCCUUUUCCCAACAUCACAUGGAGGAAGGUAGGGAAGCCCAGUAAAAGCAAGCACAAUGUUCUGCCCCGAGGCAGCUUACAGUUGAAGUCACUCACAAAGGAGGACCAUGGGGAGUGGGAGUGUGUCGCCACCAAUGUUGCCACGAGCAUCACUGCCAGCACGCACGUCCAAGUCAUAGGCACAAGCCCCCACGCCCCCACCAAUGUCCAUGUGGCUGCGUACUCCACUUUGGCCAAUGUGUCUUGGGAAGCAGGAUAUGAUGGAGGUUUCCAGCAGACAUUCUCAGUCUGGCUGAAGAGGGAGCGUUUAGGUCCGUAUGACUGGCUUUCCAUACCUGUGCCUGGAGGCCACGACUGGAUGGUGGUGCCCGGCUUAGAGCCAGAGACAACAUACCAGUUUAGCGUCCUGGCCCAAAACAAGCUUGGCACAGGCCCCUUCAGCGAGGUUGUCACUGUGAACACACUAGUAUUUCCUACAAGUACCCCUGAACCAUUGGUGCUGCUUACCCCACCACGGUGCCUCACAGCCAAUCGCACGCAGCAGGGAGUCCUGCUCACCUGGAUUCCGCCUGCCAAUCACACAGCACCUAUCCAGCAUUAUGUCAUGGAGUUUCGCCUGGGGGAGCGAUGGGAGGUCUUGGACGACAGCAUUCCUGCAGGGGAGACAGAGUUGGUUGCCCGAGAUCUCAUCCAGGAGGCGUGGUAUGAGUUCCGCGUCAUGGCCAUCAUGGAUGACAUGAUCAGCGAGCCUAGUAACGUAGUUGGAGUGUCCAGCACAGAUUUCUUUCCUCCUCCAGAGUUGGUGGAGGAGCGUGGACUGGCACGGCCUGUGGUGGCUGGUAUUGUGGCCACCAUCUGCUUCUUGGCAGCAGCUGUCCUUUUCAGUACCAUGGCUGCCUGCUUUGUCAACAAGCAGCGGCGGAGAAAACUCAAGAGGAAAAGAGACCCCCCUCUUUCAAUAACUCACUGCAGAAAAAGCCUGGAAACUCCGUCAUCUUCAGGAAAGGUGAGCCCAGAGAGCAUUCGUUCAAAGGCAUCUCCAUCAGAAUCAUCUGAAGAUAGUCAUGACCAGCGUGGAAAAAAACCACCCCCAAGUCCAGGGAAGAAGGAGGAAUUAUCUCUAUACAAAAAGACCAAAAGAGCAAUAACAAGCAAGAAAUACAGCAUCCCCAAGCAUGAAGCUGAAGCAACAACACCCAUUGAACUCAUCAGUCGAGGCCCAGAUGGACGUUUUGUUAUAGAUCCUACAGAGAGAGAAAUGUCUGUCAAACCCCGGCGAAUUGAGGGCUUCCCAUUUGUGGAAGAAUCAGACCUAUAUCCUGAAUUCCGACAGUCCGAUGAAGAGAAUGAUGACGCUAGGGCUCUUCCACCAGUUAUGCCCCCCUUGCGGCCUCACCAGAUCUCUCCUAUCUCCAGUCAGGAAUCCUACCUGCAACCUCCAGCCUACAGCUCUCAUUUCCACAGGCCCUUCGAAGGUAUGACCAUCAUGGAGAGCAGUCGGCUUCAGGCCACUGGGCAGAUCCGAGGCUCUCUCCACCACAGGGCUUUUUAUGGCUAUCUAGGUCCUCCUGGGGAUCAUGAUCCUCCACCUCCUUUUUACAUGCCAGAUACCAGCCCACUUAGCUCUGUCAUGUCCUCCCCUCCAUACCUUGCUGAGGGUCCUUUUGGCCACGCUAUGAUUCCUGAAGAAAUGGGAGAAAGUGAUUUUCCACAAUAUGCUGUCUCUGGUUUUCCACUUCCACUGACCCUCACCUCUUCCAUUCGUUCUCCAGAGAUUUGGCAGGGAUUGGAUUUUACCUUUGCAAGUUUGGAGGGACCCCAGUUCAUUUUUCCACCACAUCAACCUUUGCAUCUCCGCCACGAGUCUCCCUAUCCCCCUCCACCUCAUGUUCUUCCCCUUAGUGCUAUCCAGUCCUCCUCUCUUCCAAUGCCCACUUAUCCAGCUGUCCUGCCACUGGAGGCCCCAAAGAGCCACUCAAGCAAGUCUCCCAGCAAGGCCAGGCCUCAUGGCUCCCCAGCCAAGCAUUUAGCUAUGCAAGAGGCACAUUUAGGGCAGCUAAGACACACAAGCCACGGAAUGGGUGUGCCGGUUUUGCCUUACACCGAUCCAAUGGCCCAUAUUGUUCCUAGCACAUUCAGUAGCUUGGACACACGAUGGUUUGAAACCACUCCUCAUUUCAGUCCCAGACAUGGUCGUAGGAUGGAUUCUGGCAUGCAUCAGGUGGUUCUUCAGCCCUCUCGCCUCUCACCCCUCACCCAAAGCCCCCUUAGCUCUCAUGAGGGCUCCCCAGAGAUAGUAGUUCGUCCCAGGCCACGUCCCGGCAUUGUCCAACCUACUAUACCUUCAGAGAUGUCUGAGAUUACCCUCCUCCCUCCUUCCACAGCCAGCUUCUCAAGAAGAUCUUCUCCCUCCUCCUCACCUGCUCAAGCCCAGGGUAGCAGGAGAACAAGCCCCAGCUACCAUUCCCACAUGGCCUUUGCCACCUCUGCAGCCAGCUACCCAGCUUCCCAGUCUCCAUCACCCCCCAUGGAAAGCAGCAACAUAUUUGGGCAGAUGCCAUCUCAAAGGAGGACUGAGGAGGAGAUCCUUCCAUCGGAGCCUUCUCCACCCCAGUUGUCAGCUUCAGGAAAACGUCGAGGUGCGCAGAGUGCCCUUUCAGGGUCUGAGAGGAUCGAUGCACUGAGAUACCAACGUAUUAAAAAGGCCAAGAAGAUGACUAUGAACAACAAUAACUCCAAGACCAGAAAGAAAACAGGUGUCUCCACCUCUCAGACCCAGCAGGCCUACACCUCUCAGGUACUCCAGCCCGAAGAAGCUCUCUACCUCCGCAAAAAGAAGAAACGGCCCAUUCUCCAUGACCCAUAUAUUCGCUUUUCUGCUCUGCUUUACCGUCGUCCAAUUCAGGAGGACCAGAAAGCUAUUUUGGCUAGCAUGGACAACACAGACCUAGACCAUGCCACCCUCCUCUGAAAGUCACAGCUGUGCAAUACAGCUCCCCUUUCCAAAAUGACACUGCACUAGCUACAUCUCAGCUGAAAGAAAAAAGAAUACUGUCACUAGAAUCGUCGCAGUUUAUUACCUGCAAAGGGGAGUGGCACAAAAUUUCAGCAUUCAGAUUUUGGUUUAUUCUGCAGCUGCACCCCUUGGUCAGUUUAGUUUGCAUUAGUAAGCAUUCUGCUGUUUUCAUGAAUUAACCACAUGAAUUUCUUCAAAAAAGCAGAAAUAAGAGAAAUAUUAUCAGAAGCCACACAUAUGUUUUUGUUUAAAAAAAUUCAGAUUAAUGCCAUCUUUGAUUGGACUCGUGGUUUUGAGGCAUUUCCUCCCCAAAAUUUUGGAUUAUUUGACGUCCUGCUUUGGAGACCCAAAGACACAGCAAUCUUCUGUUCUUACAUCAAGUAGUAUUCCAUUUAAAAAAAAUGUUUAGACCUCUAAAGAUUUAAGUGAUAACUGACACAUUUGUCCAAAAUUUUACUCCAGUGCAAAAUCAUUAACUAGAAAAAAUACAGCCAACCAUUUUGCUGAUUUUCGUAACGACUAUUUUCCUAGUCCAGUCUUCAUAUUCUUAUUUUUAACAUUCCCUCCAGCCUCGGGUCCUGUUUCUUGUGCUGAGCCAAUCCUCUCUCCCCAUCCUGCGGGUCUCCGUUUACAGCAUCUUCUAUAAGAACCUCUCUCCGCCAGCAGCAUCUCUUAUCUGCCGAGAAACUCGCCUCACAAAUAUGGGUGUUCUCACUUCCUACCAAGUAUACCUCAGAGCACAGGACACGAGACCACACAACCACCUGGAUCAGCCAGAAGAACAAACUAGCCUUUUUACUCAUAUUUUCAUUAUUGUUGCUUUUUUAUGUACCUGUUUUUAUAUUUGUUUCCAAAUGUGCAAACAGUGAACAUAUAGUUUAUCUGUUCAAGAAAGAUUCACGUCUUUACUCAUCAGCUCUUUUCUGCUCUGUGCUGAAUGAGCAGGAAAAGGGCUUGUCGUGAAAGGAAACAGAAACAUUACCUUUAGCUUUACUUACUCGGCCUAAUCUUCACUCUGUGUAGUUUUUCACUGACAGAUGGGAACCAAACAGGGCUUGUCUUUAUUCCACAUAAUAUUACAACAAAUCUGGCACCCUCCAAUGUGGCCAUUUAAUAACAAAAAAUAUUGCGAUUUCUAUUUAGCUGCUGAUUCGAUUGAUUAUAAAGUUAUACAGCUGCUCCAAUUAUUUGCACUUGAAUUUUAAUUCCAGCUUCUCACAUCUCAGAACGGUUUGCACUGGAGCAAAAUCUUGUCCACGUCCUGUCUCUUCUUUUACACCUCACUUCUUCUACUUUAGUUAGUUUAGAGGGCUGCAAAUCCGCUUCUGAAAUUUAUGCCAAAAACAAUUCAGUGAACGGAAAGAAACAAUUUUAGGGAUUUUGUGCCAUUUCAGAUACAUAUAUAUAUACACGUGUGUGUGUGUGUGUAUACUUACAAUUUUGCUUCAUAUUUAUUUAGGAGGGCAUAAAACAAUGGCUUUAUUUGGCCUUAAUCUUUGCCUGUUUCAUUUGUGUCAAACUUUAUUUAAUGUUUUUUAUUUGUGUUUUUUAUAUCUGCUUCUUUUGGCCAGUUUCUAUUUAUGUGCUUGUCAUUUGCUGAGACUCCAUCUAUGCUCCAAGAAAACGCUGUGUGGCACUGAAGGUCACACACAGUGAGCCGAAUGUUUUUGCUGUAUUUUCACAGAUUGGUUCAAAUAUUGAUUCCACAGAUUAGGAAGUGUGUUUAACAUGUGAUGGAUGUGCUGGAUGCUACACAGCUACACAGUUCAUUUUUUUAUGAUUGGAUGAGUAACAAAAGUGCCAUAACAUCAGAAACUCAGCUAUAUUACACAGUACACAUGCUGCUUCUUGUUACAUUAUGGAAUUCGCAGAUGAGGGGUGUGUACGUUAAAAAAACAAACAAAAAAACAAUCAAGCUUUUGUUGUGUGUGGAUUUUUAUCAAUAGAAGGUGUAUUCACUUGUAGGUGUCAUGGUGACAUGUUGCAAUAUGAGAACAAUGGAGGUUGAUUAAUAUGACAGUGGUGAUGUGCAUCUUAAUCUAUUUAUUUCUUUAUUUCUUGUGAUUUUGAGCUGCUAAUCCCAGCAGUCUUCUAAAAUCAGACAUUUUUUCAGUGACUACAUUUACUUGCUUGUAUGAGGUAUUUCCACAAUAAAUGCUUUCAUAAAGAGCAAUUUUAGAUGGGCCUUCUGAAAUGCAGGAGCAAUUCUGGAAUAGAUGUGAUUCUUUUUUUCAUUUAGAUCUAUCUAAUAAAACGGCUGCUGUAACUAAAUCUUCUGAGUGCGUUCAUAAUACAUGAAUAAACAAGCUAAAAGAAAAGAAAACAUAUAACAGGAGAGUCCUGACUUGACACACGUUAUACGAAAAAGAAAAACAUAGAGAAGCUCCAGAUAAUGCACUUAUUGUGGAAAUAACUAUGUUAAUUCAUAUAACUUUAACCACAUUUUCCACUUCCAAAAACCAAUAAUAAGAGUUUUAGUCAGAAUAAGUUGGCUUCACUCCUCCUAUAGAAAUUACUGGUAACAUUUUGUUAACAAGACCUGCUCCAAUCUAUAAAUGCUGUGCUGCGUUUAGGGACAAGGUCAACAAAAGUGAAAGUCCUGAAUGUUGCUUUUUAUAUUCUUUAUGAAGGGGGUCCCCACACAGGGACUCCUCUGCAUGUCACAUAUUCUUUUUGUCACUGAUAGUAAGUUGCCAGCGGUCAUUCAAGACUUAGGUAACCUUCUAAUGAGUUUAGCAUGCCUUCGGUCAAUCACUGGUAUCCUCCGCACUCAUUGGCAGAUGCUUCAGUCUCUCAUCUUGAAGAUGCAAAAUGUUUAACUUGGGUUCCGCCCACUUCGUGUCUUUAACUUUUAGUUCAGUCGUUGUUGAAGUUGCUGAAUGUCAUUGACUUUCUGUGGUCUCUGGUUGCCACAUCGCUGCUAGUAGCUACAUGUCCGGAUGCCCCUUAAGCACCAACUUAAGGCUAAAUAGCUAUCUCCUCAGAGGUGAUGUAGUAGCGAUGGCAAAGAGAGGCUCGUGAGAUGCUGGGGAAACCAUGAGUGAUGCAUCCAUAAAUGAUUGCAAAUACCACUUCCAUUUCCACAAUGUGAGCAGGCUUUUGGUGUGAGUGGUGAUUGGUUUCAGAAUCCUGUUGAAAGAAGAACAGGGAAGCCUUCUUCCAUGAACUCCCUGUCUGAGGCAUCAAGAUUUGAAAAGCUGUAUUUUGACAGCAAUUCAAAAGUUUAAUUUGCUUUGUGCCAGUUGAAUACACCACAGUUUAUUUCAUUUAAGCAGACCUUGGUGUGUGUGUGUUGCUGUCGGCUCUCUCGGUGAGUGGAGGAAAUAUGGUGCUGUGGCAGUUUGUAGGCUAAAACAGAGAGGACUGAAACUAUUUGCAUGUCACAAAGUGGAUGAAGUCCCAAGAUAAAUGCAUAAAAAUGAGCUAUAAUAUCCUCAAGAUUUGUUAUAGAUUAUUACAAUUAUAUUUACAGUUCUAAGAAGAAACAAAUGAAUUAUGAGUAAAAUAAAUUUGUAAUUGCCUAAAAUUGGCAUUUCUAAGAAAUUAUUUUAAAAUAAUGGAAUACAUUUUAGAACAGUCUUGCAACUUCCUUUAAAGAGUUUAUAUCAAGGAUUUAAAGACACUUAGUUUAUCCAACACAGAGCGUCCUGCAACUUUCCUGUUUGCUUCACAACUUUAAAAUGCCACAAAUAAUAAAUUAACAACCAGCUGAUCUGAGCAAAGUCGGACAGAGCGUAAAUCUGUAAUCCGUGACUUAUUGUGACUGUAUAACAGAUUAUUUUUAAUCUGUCAUAUUACCUUACUAAGGACUCAUAAUUAACUACAUAUGACAAAUGUUAGGAAAAUCUGUUUACAUGUCAUAUGUCUGAAAAAAGAAAACAAUCGGCUGAUUUAUUGAAAUUUUAAAUUACCAAAUAUCGAUAACUGCCUUAAAAAUCCUAUAUCAGUCGGGUUUAAAUGCUUUGUAAGUUAAGCAUCAUUAUUUAAUGACAAUUAGUUAACUAAUGAUAUUAGGAGAAUGUGAACAAACAGCCACUUUGGCUUUCUUUACAAAAUGUUUAUGUACAAUGUUUAAUAUAUUAGCUGAAGUUAAACUAGGCCUGGACUGGGCAAUACCAAUUUGUAACCUUUAUUUAAGCAGGCAACUGGUUAAAAAUACCUUCAGAAUAGAAUAGAAUAGAAUAGCCCUUUAUUGUUAUUGGUAUUAGUGACAGAGGCCUCCAAAAGGAAAAGCCUCUUGAAGAACUGCAGAUAGGACUAAAAAGAAAUAUCAGGGUUUAAAAGAUCAGCAGCAUACAUCCAUAAGCAUUUCAGCAUACUGUCCCCUAUGAGUCAAAUAUUUAAUUAGAUUCUGCAGGGGGUAAUUUAACAAAGCACCUUUAAAACAAAACUGAGUUAAUGUGAUUGAUAUCUUGUAAUGUACAUACUAUACUGACAUGUUGUACCAGUAUACUUAAAUCUCUUAAUGAAUUAUUUCUAAAAUACAUAUA